GAGAAACCUGGUAAACCAGGCAAACCUGUGAUAGGAGAGAUCACUGACAACUCAAUUGCACUAACAUGGAAAGCCCCAGAAGAUGACGGUGGUGCAGAGAUCUUCAACUACAUCAUUGAGUACAAGCCAGCACUAGAAUACAAAUGGUGUAAGGCUAAUGUAGAUGAGAUGGUACCUGAGCGUGCUUACACAGUAACUGGACUUAUUACCAAUGAGGAUUAUGAGUUCAGAGUGACUGCUGAGAACAAAGCUGGAACCGGACCACCCUCAGAUUCUACUGAUAUUGUCAAAUGUAAAGCACCACUUGGUG